AUGGACGACAUGGCUGCCUAUUACCCGCCACCGCCUCCACCACCAGGCUCCGUCCACUACCCAUACUACCAACAACCGCCACCACCUCAACCGCCUCCGUCGGUGGCGCCACCGCUACAGCACCACCUGGUUCAGCCCUACUUCCCUCAACACCCACCGCCUUUCUCUUCCUACGCGCCCGCUCUCGUCCCCCAACCCUCACACGACGAGGUCCGGACCCUAUUUGUCGCGGGUCUUCCCGAAGAUGUCAAGCCCCGAGAAAUCUACAACCUCUUUCGCGAGUUUCCGGGUUACGAGUCCUCCCACCUCCGGACCCCAACCGAGAAGUCUCAGCCUUUUGCUUUUGCGGUGUUCUUGGAUCAGCAGUCUGCGAUCGGGGCAAUGCAUGCUCUGAAUGGGAUGGUGUUUGAUCUUGAGAAGGGGUCAACAUUAUAUAUUGAUCUAGCAAAAUCUAAUUCUAGGUCAAAACGCUCAAGAACAGAUGAUGAAAGAUCUGGCUCCGAUAAGAAAGCUAGAGGUUCAUCAUAUUCAAGGGGCGCUCCUGAUUCUGGUGUUGGCAGCAUUCACAUGCCUGGAAUGGGUAAUUCUGCUUACAACAUCAUUGGUUAUCCAUCUGCACCAAGUCAUGGAAACUUCAAUGGCAUACCUGUACAUGAGACAAUAGCUGGAAACGUGAAUAAUUCUGCAGCACAACAUUUUCCACAAAAUAAUACUCCAUGCCCAACUAUUUUCGUGGCUAACUUGGGGCCAACUUGUACGGAGCAAGAGCUGAUUCAAGUAUUUUCAAGGUGCCCUGGGUUCAUAAAAUUGAAGAUGCAGAGCACAUAUGGAGCUCCAGUUGCAUUUGUUGAUUUUCAGAUGGCAUUUGAAAAUGGAAGAUACUGCCUGCUCAACUGGAGCGCUGAGUCAUCUGCAAGGCACAAUUCUCUACUCGUCGACAACAGGCGAAGGCAUGAGAUUGGAGUAUCCUUUAAUAGCUCACCUCCUAAGUUUUUCUGUCCUUGGCUUUUGUUGAUUUCUCUGUCACAAGUUUUGCUUAACAAGAAUCUCAGGUAUGCCAAAUCACGAAUGGGAAUGCGGAAGAAGCCAAAGUAA